AGCAAACUGGAAUAAUAAACCAAGUGUUAAAUGACUAUUGACCCACCACCAUUCACUUUGCCUCCUCACUCCUUAUUACCCAUCUCGGAUCCCUCUCUCUCCAUUAAUAAAGAAACACUCUCCAACUUUCAAAAGCAUCUCUCUUUAGAGCUUGCUUCUGCAACACAAUUCUCUCUCUUUAAUUUACUUUCUCUCUCUGCUUUUAAUGGCACUCCUCACUUCCUUACCCGAGCCCUCAGAACCCAAAAAACAAUCCUCAAAGCGAAAGCAAAAGCACGUCAAGAAGCAGAAGCAGAAGCAGAAGCAACCAUCUUCGUGGGACCAAAUCAAGAACCUCCUCACCUGUAAGCAGAUCGAAGGGUCCAGAGUUCACGAUCCAUCCAAGACCGUUAAAGGGUACUCCAAGCUAGGGUAUAAUUGCAGCUCUAUUUGCAGUUUCAGGGACGUAGUUCAUGGCAACACCAGAGUGGUUCACAGAGCUGACAAUUCGCCGGAGAGUAGCACUGUGGGUCUGGAAACAGGGCUGCUCAGCCGGAAAGCUGGUCAUCAUGGCUCAGGCUCAUCCUCCACAGGGUCUUUAUCCGGUUCAGUCAAAUCCAACGGUGGACCUACUUACACGUCCUCGUCUUCUUCAAGAACCAUGCAAUUCAGGAAGCUCUCUGGCUGUUAUGAAUGUCACAUGAUCGUUGAUCCUAGCAGGUAUCCAUCUCCAAGGACUACUCUAUGUGCUUGCUCUGAAUGUGGAGAGGUUUUUCCCAAAAUUGAAAGCUUGGAGCUACAUCAAGCUGUUAGGCAUGCUGUUUCGGAGCUGAGUCCGGAUGAUUCGGGUCGGAACAUCGUGGAGAUCAUCUUCAAAUCAAGCUGGCUCAAGAAAGACAACCCAAUCUGCAAGAUCGAACGGAUACUAAAAGUCCACAACACCCAGCGCACCAUCCAACGGUUCGAGGACUGCCGUGACGCAGUGAAGAUCCGUGCGACCACCUCCACCAGAAAAAACCCCAGGUGCGCCGCCGACGGCAACGAGCUGCUACGAUUCCACUGCACGACCUUGGCGUGCGCCCUCGGCGCACGUGGCUCGUCUUCUCUGUGCGGCUCCGCACCGGCUUGUGGCGUGUGCACGAUCAUCAGGCACGGAUUUCAAGGCAAAUCCAAAUCGAGCGGGUGCGAUGGCAAGGGGGUCCGCACCAUGGCGAGCAGCGGUAGGGCCCACGACUGUUUGGCUUGUGCGGACGGUCGUAGGGCGAUGCUGGUGUGCCGCGUGAUCGCGGGAAGGGUGAGGCAUAUGGCGGAUGAUGCGGCGCCGGAUGAGGAUAGCGUGUCGCUCGGUUCGUCGUCGUACGACUCGGUAGCCGGGUACGCGGGAAUUUACUCGAAUAUCGAGGAGUUACACGUGUUCAAUCCGAGGGCUAUCCUUCCUUGUUUCGUUGUGAUCUACAAAGCUCUUGAAUCAUCAUAGAGUUAGACACAAAAUUUGUAUUGUAGUUUCUAAUUUGUAUCACAAUCACAUAACUAAUUAAGGGUUAGCAAGCUCAGCUGACCAAUCAUUGUCCUUGUGUAUAUUGAAUUUUCUUAUAUGGUUUCAAAUGCUAAGCAAUCUUUGUAUUAUUUUUUUAUAAAAUUGUUAAUUAUAUGUUUA